AUGGUCAUUGGUGUUCUUCAGUGUCCAGUGUGUAAGGCCAAUGUUUGCCCUCACUUACUACUUACUACUCUUCCAGAAAUGACCCAGCUGAACAAGGACCAGAGAGUGAUCUGGGAGAAUAACGGGCAGCUGGCCUGGGGUGGCAUCGUGAUGCUGGCACGGUGCAUUCAGUUACUUGGCAAGGAUUCACUGAGCACCUGCUGUAUGCCAAGUACAGUGCUAGGCUCUGGGGAUGCAGCUGUGAGGGUGACAAGGUUUUUAUGUCACAGAGCUGCCCUUCUGGUGAAGAAGAAAGAAACCCUGCACCGAACGUCAGCAGAUGCCUACCCCAGCCUGAGACCAAGGAUACUUCCAGAGGAAGUCAAGAGAAGGAGCCUGACUCUCAUAUCAAGCAAAAAGUCAAAGACUAAGAACACCAAGAAGUACCCACAGCAUGCAACAUCCAAUGUGUUUGCUAUAUUUGACAAGUCACAAAUACAGGAGUUCAAAGAGGCCUUCAACUUGUUUGGCCAGAACAGAGGGUUCAUCAACAAGGAAGAUUUGUAUGAUAUACUUGCCACACUAGAGAAGAAUGCUACUGAUGUGUACAUUGAUGCCAUGAUGAAUGAGGCUCCAGGACCCAUAAGUUUUACCAUGUUCCUUAUCAUGUUUGGUGAGAAGUUAGAUGGCACAGAUCCCAAAGAUGUCAUCAGUAAUGAUUUUGCGUGGUUUGAUGAAGAAUCCACAGGCACCAUUCAGGAGGAUUACCUGAGAGAGUUGCGGAUCACCAUGGGUGAUCUUUUUACUGAUGAGAAAGUGAAUGACCUGUAUAGAGAAGCCCUUAUUAACAAAAAGGGAAAUUUCAAUUACAUCAAGUUCACAUGCAUCCUUAAACAUAGAGCAAAAGACAAAAAUGACUGA